AUGACUUCCACUGCGAGUCAACCCAACACAACCCCGGCGCCGAACACCACUGCUGCCUCGACGGCUCCUUCGUAUGCCUCUGCCGCUGGUGCCGCGAAGAAGCCCGCCUCGACGCCGCUGGUUGUAGGAGCUGCCAACCCUUCUGCGGUGGCAGGCUCCUCGGCUACCGCUCCUCAGAAUGUCCCAUCCCCGUCAGCCUCAAAUGUGAACGGUCGGCCUUCCGUGACACCUGCUGUUCCCGCCGUCCCCACUGUCGCCGCCACACCAAACGUCAACGGAGGCCCUGGCGACCACGCCCGCAACGGUUCCGUCACCAUUCCGCCCAACGGCCCUACCAGCUACCUGGCGAAUGGCGGAGCUGUGAGCAACAAGCCUCCGGGGCUGCAGUUCGGCUACGCUGAAGCGUCUCCAGCCAUGCCACACAGCACUCCGCAGCUGAACGCAACCGCCCCAGUGAAUAUCCCCGGCGCCGGACGGAACCCCUCGCCUAUUCCCAGCCCCUCGCCUAUUCCCCAGAAUAUCACGAGCGGUGGAAGGCCUGGAAACACCGAGAACACUUUCAAGAUUGGCAGUUUCACUAACGAUGGCGAUCGUAUCGGUGGACGUCCAAACUCAAUGUCGCAAAUGUCUUUCCACGCUAGACGCGACUCAGCCGUCUCCCAGCACAGCGACAUGGGCCACCAUGGUCCAGCCCCGACUCGAGGUGGCUUUGGCGGCGGACGAGGUGGCCGUGGCGGCGGUUACAACCACCAGUACCCAAACCACAGCGGAUUUCCUCCUAACACGAACCAGUCCUACAGAGGUCAAGGUCGCGGCGGAAUGCCUCCACAACAGUUCAACCCCCGAGGUGGCGGAUACCACAACUCGCCACAGCCUGCGCGAGGCAGCCCUGCCCUCACUCCGGUGAUGCCCGGCCAAGGUACUCCAAACAUGGGCGCCGCCAUGCCCGUCCCUCCCGCGCAGGGCUUCACCCAGCAGUACCCACCGCCCAUGAGCGGAUACGCACAGCAAGGUGGCUUUCAACAGCAAAGCGGCUACCCCCCACAUGUAAAGCCCCCCAUCUGUCAUGACGUCUUUACCCCUUUCAAACCUCACAAGAAGAAAGGCGCUCGCUGGGAUUCAGAGAACAGACCAUCUCAUCACCGGCAGCCGGAUUCUUCUUCAAAUUCAUGGCAGGAGAUCGGCGGUAGAAACCGUCGCAUGGGGAAGCGUCGUGAUUCGACGAUCGACCACGGGCCUCUUCGUGGCCGAGCCCCAUCUCUUGACCAGCAACUUCCUUUCCACAACCCUCCCCUUCUUUUCUUGAGUGACAAGGGUCUGGACCUUUCGCCAGGCCCAAAUGGCGGCUUUGAGCGUGUUGAACGGAUGCUGACUGCAUCAAAACAGAGCUUUUACCCAGGUACAUACGAUAAUAGGGCAGCCUACAUGGGCAUGCCUCAAUACCCCCAGCAACCCUUCCAUCCCCAAUCAAUGUACCCCCCAGCGUCACCCGCCCCUGCUGGUAUGCCUCUUCCAUACGGUGCUACGCAAUUUGCCCCCCCUCAAGGUCAGCCCAUGUCACGUAAUAACUCGCAGAUGUCCGAGCGGCCCGCCUCUAGCACUGGACAGGCCCAAGGACCCAUAGUCGUGUCCGGAGCUCCUGGGGGUCACAACUCGCCGGCCAAAGCACCCACCGGCUCAUCGACUCCUGGCCAGUCUCAAUUCCAGAAGCCAAAGAAAUCUGGUGUUACCAUCAAGAACGCCGCAGGUGAAGUUGUCAACUUCAACGUUCUCAAAGCCCCUGCGUCCCCAGCGCCAAGCAUCCAACAGUCCAGGACUCCUCCUGUCAUCGCGUCGACACCAACGCCCCCGCCCAAGGCUCCCACUCCAGCGUCUCAUGCCAGGACCGAAAGCAUCUCCACGGCGAAGCCGGAUGAGAUCAAGGCUGCGUUCUUGGAGCAGGUAAAGAAGUCCAAGGAGGGCGACUCGACCAAGACAGAUGAUGAAGCUGCUGCCGACUUGAAGGCCAAGGAGGAAGCGCAGAGGAAGGAGGAAGAGCGCGCCGCGGCCGAGAAGAAGGCAGCCGAAGAGACCAAGGCUGCUGAGGAAGCCGCGAGCAAAGCUAAGGCUGAGGCUGAGGCCAAGGCCAAGGCUGAAGCAGCAGCCAAGGCAAAGGCUGAGGAAGAUGCGAAGGCCAAGGCAGCGGCGGAAGCAACCGCUAGAGCCGAGCAAGAAGCCGCCGCCAAGGCCGAGCAAGAGGCCAAAGCCAAAGCUGAGGAAGAGGCAAAGGUCAAGGCCGAGGAACAAAAGAAGGCCGAUGCUGCCAAGGCUGAGGAGAAGCCACAGGAGACCGAGGAUGAGUACAUGGAGAGGAUGAUUAGAGAAAUGGAAGAGGAGGACAAACGCCGUGAAGAGGAGCAGGCAAAGAUCACGGCCAAGAAGCAAGUCGAAAAGGAGGCCGCAAAGGCGAAGGCCGACGCACAACGCCUCGCGGAUGCUGCCGCAAACGACGCCAAGCUGAGGGAACAAGAGCGAGAGAUGGAACGCCUCGAAGAAGAGAAGGAGAAGGCCCGUGAAAAGGAGCGCCUGGAGGCCGAGGGCGGUCAGUCCCAGUCGAUGUCAGAAGUCCUGACGAAGAAGAUCUCGGAUUUGAACGCCUCUCAGAAGAGCGGCGAGGACUCCACCAAGCUCACGAUCAUCAGCAACAAGGAUACGUCUCUCAUAGGCUCAGCGCCAUCGUCGGCCAAGUCAACCGGCAAGCCUAAACCAGCAGCCCUGAACCUUGCGCCACUCAAGACAAACAGCGUCGAGCCGGCUCCACCAACCGCAGCUAUGCAGGCUCUGAAGUCAGCUCGGUUCCUGACAAUCAAAGAUGAGGUCAAAUACCCCAGCGGUAUCGCCAGCCCCAACCCGGCUGUCAAUGCCGCCGUGGCAAAGAAGGGCGGCUCAUUCAAGUACGAUUCAGCAUUCUUGCUGCAGUUCCAAAAGGUUUUCACGGAGCAGCCCUCCACAGAGUUCUCGCAGCAAGUCAAGAGCUUGAUCGGCGACUCGGAUGGGUCCAGGUCCGCAUCUGUCAGGACACCUGCCGGUGCCAAUGGUCGCCAGGGAUCUAGAACCGCCAAUGGGGCUUUUGGCGCAUUUGCGCAGCCGCCUGGGAAGCCACUCCCGCCCAACACCACGUCCGAGCAGCGAUUUGCCAUGUCUCAGGGGCAGAUCCCCCGCCCAGCCAUCGGAGGUCCGAUCUCUUCCUUCCGUGGUGGCUCUUUCGGGGGCAGCCAGAUGUCGCGCACAUCAUCCUCAAACUUGGCUCAAUCUAGCUCUCGUUCAGGUAGUCGAUCGCAGCGUGGCGGCGGCGGCGGCGGCAGCAAGCGCGGGGCAGGGUUUGACGCCCAACAAGAAGCUAAGCUUAGCAAGACCAUGCCUCUUACCGCGGGCAUGGAUCUGAAGCCUAUCCAGACUACGGCCACCGGCUGGAAGCCAAAGAGCGUUGGCAGAGCUGUGCAGAACGCGGAAGCUCCCGGCCACAUGGACCCUGAGACUGUUCAGCGCAAGGUCAAGUCCAACCUGAACAAGAUGACCCCCGAGAACUUUGACAAGAUCUCAGACCAGAUCCUCCAGAUUGCAGCGCAGUCCAAAGACGAGCAGGAUGGCCGGACACUCAGGCAAGUCAUUCAGCUUACCUUUGAAAAGGCAACAGACGAGGCGCACUGGGCUGCGAUGUAUGCCAAGUUUUGCAAGCGCAUGCUGGAGACGAUGAGCCCCGAGGUUAAAGAUGUCACUAUCACGGACAAGAACGGGAACGUUGUCAGCGGCGGUGCCCUCUUCCGGAAGUAUCUUCUCAACAGGUGUCAAGAGGACUUUGAACACGGGUGGGCAGUUGAGAUGCCCAAGCCCAAGGAGGGCGAGUCCAAGGAAACUGCCAUGCUGUCCGAUGAGUACUACAAGGCCAUGGCCAUCAAGCGUCGUGGGCUCGGUCUCGUCCAGUUCAUUGGCGAGCUCUUCAAGCUUGGUAUGCUCACGGAGCGUAUCAUGCACGAAUGUGUCCGAAAACUUCUCGAUUUCCAGGGCGAACCCGAUGAAGCUGAGAUCGAGUCACUCAGCAAGCUACUGCGCACGAUUGGCGCCAGUCUUGACAGCACGGAGAAGGGUAUGAUGAUGAUGAACGCAUACUUCGAGCGCAUCUCCACCUUGGUUGAGACACCUGAUUUGCCAAGCCGACUUCAGUUCAUGCUUAUGGAUAUUAUCGAUUUGCGAAGGGAUAGGUGGCAGACCAAGGACGGCCUCAAGGGCCCCAAGACACGAGAAGAGAUCCGAGCAGAGGCCGAGGCAGCUGCUGCCCAGAAAGCUGCAGAGAAUGCGAGAAGCAGCUAUCGUGGCCAGGCCGGCGGUCGGUCCCAGGGAGGGCGCGGUGACGCAAGGAACUCCUUGCAGUUCCAGCAGCCCACCUCGAAUCACGUCGGUAUGGACGACCUGCGCCGUCUGAAGGGUUCCGCAUCGAGGACUGCUAGUGGCAAUGUCACCCUCGGACCGACGUCCAUGUUCAACUCCCGCAGCAGCAGCGGGCGUAACACGAGGCUGGGCCCAGGUGGCUCACUAGCGCGUGGUGCCGAGGACUCCGGUGCCUCGUCGCGAACCGGAACCCCACCCACUCAGGCAUCGACAAAUGCAUUUGCUGCUCUUGCCAACAUGGAGUCGGAGAACCCUGCAUCACCACCUUCCGUGUCGGCCUCGCCAGCGCUCAACCAUGCCAAGCCAGCAGCUCCGGCUGGAGGCGAGAAGAAGGAGGCGGACUGA